CAAAAUCGGAAAGUCAUUCCAAAUCUGCUCAUUUUAGGUUUGGCGACGAUCAAGAUAUAAGUGGUCUUCAAAUUGUAAAAACUUUUGGUUUAUUCAGAUGAAGCUCGUACAAAUUAUUUUGACUUGUUGGGCGGUUAUCGGCGUUGAAGGCUUUGAAUUUUCCCACGAUAAAUACGCAAUUGUUCUAACAAAUAACUAUACCAGAGAAGGUAUUGGUAAAAUUACAGUCGAUGACGCCCCAGAUGGAACGGAGUACAGUAUCGAUACGCAAAAUUCCCUCGUCAGAAUCGAUCCAGAUACAGGACACCUUGAAUUGCUCGAAGACGGUAAUAAUUUGGACGGGUUAGAAUUUGAAAUCACGGCAGAACACUUGAGCAAAGUAGCCACAACAGAAGUAAAGAUUUUUGUUUUGCCCACGCACUAUGGGGACCAGUUUGCAUUCGAUGCUAUAAACGAAGUCCACAAGGAGCUUGGAAAAGAUAAAAGAAUUCCACCGCCGCCAGCUUUUGUUCCAGCAGCUUUGGAUAUUUUGCUGCAACAAAUAGCUGAGGGUGAUCCAGUUCACGAAAUUUCGGAAGCUGAGGCUAUCCUCGAAAAAACGAUUGAAUUAGUCCACGAAACUAUCAUUGAAAAAAUUGAAAAAGAGGAAAACUUUGAAAAAGGUGCUGUUCUUGCUUUUCUACAAAUACAUGAACUUUUCUCGAGAACGAUCAUUACAAGUUUAGAAAAAGAGGCGAACUGCGCAAUCGCUACGAAACCUGUGACUUGCCUGAAGAAAGCGAAAUACCGCCGUUUGGACGGAAAAUGCAGCAACCUCAAACUGCCUGUAUCUGGAGGAGCGGGAAUACAGUUGGAGCGGCUAUUGCCUGCGAUUUAUUAUGAUGCAGACGGCUUAAACGAUCCUUUCGGUUUUCCUUAUCAACCUGAUGCGCCUCCACUUCCCUCGCCCUUUGAGGUAACUGAUAAGUACAUAAAAGAUGAAGUAGCCAGCUCAACGGAUCCUGAACUAACACCACUAAUGAUGCAGUUUGGUCAGUUUAUGGAUCAUGAUUUGACUCUUUCUGCUGAAGAAGUGGGAGCUGAGAAAUGCCUGGCAAAGACCUGUGAUGGUUCGGAAGAUAACUACGAUGCGCCAUGUUAUCCAAUCCAGCCAUUAGGUAAUCACCCUUGUAUCAAGCUGGUAAGAUCUGCAGCAAUGUGUCAACAAAACGAUUACCCGAAGCAUAGAGAACAGAUCAACGACGUAACAGGCGUGAUCGAUGGUAGCCAGAUUUAUGGAUCAUCCAAGGCGACAAGUGACGACUUAAGAGACAAAAGAAGCUUGUGGAUUGAAAUCGAGGGACCUCGCAUGAAAAAAAUUGACACUGGCAUGAGAAGUGCGGUGUUCGCAAUUGGAAGAGAUGGCAAGACAUACCGUUUAAGGGUAGACAAAAUUUGGGUGGAGACAGAAUUUGAUCUGAAACAUGUCAGUGUCGGAGGGGCAGGUAUAUGGGGCGUGGAUAAAGAUAAGAAUGCCGUGCGACAUGGAAAGGAUGGCUUCGAAGUAAUUCCUGGGAUUAAACUUCAGCAAAUCGAUUCAGGGCCUGAAGGAGUGGUUCUUGGAGUAACGUUAGGAAACGACGUUGUCUGCCGUUCGGGAAUAGUACCGUUUAAAGUUUUUGGAACAAAUUGGAAAAGAAUGAGUGUUCCCAAAUCGAAAUACAUCAGUUGUGGGCGACUGGGAUGCUGGGGAGUUGCCUUUAAUGGUUCUGUUUACCAUCUUGAAGUUGUCAACCGUCAGGGUAAUUGCAUUGCAAAGAGCUGGGUUCCAAUUGAUGGAAAGAUGAAACAAAUUGAAAUUGGCGGCGAUUCUGAUGUCUACGCCGUUGAUUCUGAACAUAAGCUAUACGUCCGUGAAGGCGUGAGUUCUAGUAAUCUCUGGGGCAACGAGUGGAAGUUUCUUCGUGAAGCAUCAUACGUAACAACAGGUUGGACUGGACAAUAUAUACUGGACGAAGAAGGAAAAGUUUUUCGGUCAACAGAUGACGAAGGACUGUUGCUCACGUCAGAAGGUGACUUGCUUCCGUUGGAUACUAGCGCGAAAGGAUCAGCUUGCGUGCAGACUUGCUUCGUAGCCGGUGAUAUUCGUCCGAAUGACCAACAAGGAUUAACAGCGUUCCAUACGUUGUGGCUUCGUGAACACAACCGCGUUGCUAAGAUACUGGCGAAGAUAAAUCCUCAUUGGGAUGGCGAAGUCAUAUUCCAGGAAGCCAGAAAAAUUAUCGGAGCUGAAAUACAAAAAAUUACCUAUAAAGACUACCUGCCGAUUCUUCUCGGAAACGAGGGUAUUUCUGAAUACAAAGGCCACAACGAAUCUGUCAGUCCCAGCAUAUUCAAUGUAUUUACCCUCGCGUACAGACUGGGACACAGCAUGAUCAGAUCAAAGUUUGAUAUGCUUGACCCCAGUUUCAACUCUAUCAUGCCACCGAUAAAUUUACGAUUAUUAUUCUUUAACAGCACAACGAUUAACAAUCAUGGUGUGGAGCCAUUACUUUUAGGACUUGUCGGAAAUAUAUCUGAAAAAGUGGACACGCAUUUGUCACCUGAGAUCAUUGACCAUCUAUUCGAACGAGACGGUGGGCAUGGUGAAAAUCUUGCAGCAUUAAACAUACAGCGUUCUCGGGAUCAUGGAUUGCCUGGAUAUAAUGCAUUUAGGGUUUUGUGUGGACUCAGAAGCGCGCAUAGUUUUAACGAGACCGAGAAUGAAAUAAAAGAUCCAGAGAACAGGCGUAUUUUAAGUGAUCUUUACAACGAUAACCCCGAAUUAGUCGAAUUGUGGGUAGCAGGAAUAGCAGAGACCCCGGUGAAUGAUUCAGUUGUUGGUCCAACAUUUCGUCAUCUUGUGGGAAAGCAGUUUAGGGGAAAUUGA